AUGCCCCCCCUCUUCUCCUUCAGCGAGGGCCUCGAGCCCGCCGGCCCGGACAGCACCCCCCUCCUCGGCCGCUUCAGGGCCGUCCCCGGCCCGAGCCUGGGGAAGAAACGGAGUAAGGGGGAGUUCUUUGGGAGUGUGGGGCCGAAGGGGGAGGCUGUGGGGUGGGUGUUGGGGUGGUGGGUUGCGAGGUGGGUGGUGGUUGUGGGGUUGCCGGCGGGGAUUGCUGUGGCGUGGUGUGCGAUUCCGUUUCCGCAAUAUGCGUUACCGCGGAAUGGAGGGGAGGAAGAUGGAGAUACGGAUGGACAUCGGGUGCCGGGCCAUGGACAGGCGAGGGUGCUGGUUAAUUUUUGGUUUUUUUUGUUUGUGUAUUAUGGGUUUUAUAACUUCACGGCGUUGAUGUGGAUCACAAAGGUCUUCAACAUCUACAGUCUAAACUGGUGGCCCCAAUCCCUCGGCUUCCCCCUAACCGUCUCCACCAUCGCCGCCCUCUCCAUCGCCGCCCCCAUCCCCCUCUACUACAUCCCCACCGCGCGCGCCUACCUGCACUACAACACCGUCUGGAUCCUCUGGACCUUCAUCACAAUGGCCAUGCCCGUCGCCGUCGCCUUCGCGAUCCUCACCUCGCACGAACGCCACCUCUCCCUCCGCAACUCCCUCUCCAACACCCAGCGCCUCUUCACCACCUCCUGGUGGGCGGGAGACGUCGAGUCCGACACCCUCGCGCGGCGGGACCGACGGCGUCCUCAGGCACUGCUUGUGAACUUCGAUCCGGAUGCGCCGCUGGCGAUUGAUAAUGCGGAGGCGCUGCUGCCGAGAGCGGCGCUGGGGAUGAGGAAGUUGUGGAUUCCGGCGAGUUUUGUGAGGUUUAUGUGGUUUUGUGCUACGUUGUCGAUUGCGCUCUUGGCGUAUGUGUUGGGGGAGACGUAUGCUGAGAUAUAUCUGCGUACGUUGCCGCAUGACAGUAUGGAGACGAUUGUGUAUGUGUAUAGCUGGGUUGUUACGAUUCACCUCCUCGACGGGCUGACGGGUUGGAUACUCGGGAGCGACGACGGGGAGCGCGUGAGUAGUUACCCAUUGGGGUGGGUAUUCAAACUCUACUUCUCCCUAACCUACCAAACCUACGUGCGCGCCAUAUACGCCCGCCUCCGCUCCCCCCAACAAUUCAUGCUCCUCCAGCUCCUCAGCUCCACAACCCUCAUCAUCAUCCACCCCCUCACCAUGUCCAGCACCUACCACUCCCUCCUCGGCCUGCUGCGCCUAAACACGCAAUCCUACACCACCUACGCGCGCUUCUGCCGGCGCACCCUCUUCAUCCGCUCCUUAGCCGAGAACGCCAGCAUGGCCGCCUUCCUGGGCCAGAUUUUAGUUCUCCACUACGGCGCUAAUAGAGACGCGUACCCGUACUUCGCGUUUGAUGGCGCGGAGGGGGGGGAUGAGGAGGGCUUGUACGAUUUUGAUCGUACGCUAUGGUUGGCGGCGGUGACGUGGGGGUGUGAGAUUGUGGCGGCGUGGGUGGUGAGGAGGGUGGUGAAGGGGUUAUUUGGGAAGGAGGUUGCGGGGGAGGGGUGGAGGGAUUUGAGGAGGUGGCCGGAGUUGUUGCCGGCUAGUGCGGUGGUUAUGGUGCAUGUGUUGCAGAAUAUGUUGUUUGGGAUUAUUAGGAUUAGGUUUAAGGAGCCUUAG